AUGGGCUCUGAAAGAGCAAGGAAGUGCAACCGAUCCGCUGAAGAAGUGCCUUCUCCACGAGAUCCCGACCGUAAGCGUGUAUUAAACGUGUUAGCGCAGAGGAGAUAUCGAGAGCGAAAGAAGCAGAGACUAGCAGACCUGCAAGCGAAGCUCCGAUCCGCUCAGUCUCAAUCCAGUAAAGACGCUUCUACCACUCCGGCCACAGCUCGAGCCGAAAUUUGUCCAAGCACAUCACAAAUCGUGCAGGGAACUGGCCCUGAAUGGACUAACGUCCUAUUCCCGGAAUUGCAAUCGGAUACACAACUAUUCGCCGGCGAAGACCUUUUUCCAGACCUGCAAUCAACAGAUUGGUCAGCUAUUCCAGCCACUUUAAUUUCCCAUUCGGCCUCUGACUGCGAUCAUUCUAAAUUGAUCGCCCUUCCAACUCCUUCAUUAUCCGAUGAUUCCGCAGCCCUCUUCGAUAAUUUACCUCUGUCAAAUGACAAUGGUCGGCUCCAGUCUUUCGGCCAAUGUCGAUUUCCUAGCAAUGUUGUUGACUGGCAGGCUUUAUCGCUUCAGAACCCAAUGGUUCCCGGUGAUCAGAGUGCCUUUCUUGAUAUCACAGAAGUACCUCAGGAUAUUCCAGCCUCAGAUUCAGACAACAACAUGUCCCAACCCAGCCAUACAUCAUUUCCACCCACAAAAAUGACACCACGACAAAACCCCAACCUCAGCUUUCCACCAUCCUCGACAUUGAGACAUCCCAAUCAGCUUGGCCGAUGUCUCCCACCCGGCGUCCAAAACGAUGUCAGCAGCCUUGACAUACCAGUGCUUAAAGUAAUGAAAGCUGGUGCCUUCAUCACAAACAUGCUCAACUGCACCUCACAUGUAUGGGAUCCUUUCUUCCGGCAUGUCGUGCAAAACCAACCGCCGGGUCUCCCUCCACAUUUCAAGGCCACCGCAGCCCAACAAAAUAUCCCCCAUCACCCUGUAUUCGAUAUCAUUCCCUGGGCCAGUGCGCGUACCAAGUUCGUUUGUAUCUUUUCGCAGCCGCCAGAACUGAGACCGCCCAGUGCGCAGGACCCACUGGCUAUUGUGAAUAUGAUGAUGGAUAUUGAUGAUGAUGCGGAGGGAAUGAGGAUUUGUGGAGAGGAUGGGUGGGAUUGUAGGAAUUGGGAGGUUGGGGAGAUUUUUUUCCGGAAUUGGUGGUGGGCACUUGAUCGUGAGAUUGUGGAAAACAGUAAUAGACUGAGGGCUCGACGGGGAGCAAGGAAACUCAGCCUAUGA